AUGAGCACGAACACUCCGUUGCUACAAACGAUCGAACCUGACGAUCCUUCGAUAGCGCAAGUUCCGUCCAGAAACACGACGUCCAAUGUCCGACCUGCUGUCGUUUUGACACCUACCAACAAUAUGGCCUCCACUCCAGCCGAUGCAGAAUCAGGCAUUACUGGUAUAUUGAAACAGUCUGCCCAUCCUGCAGCUUUGUUUUGCCUCUAUUUCUUCAGGAUAUCCGCCAUCGUCGUGUACAUCCUAUGUGGACUGUUUACGAACAAUUACGUUCUUUCUACGGUGGUGGUAGUUAUCUUACUUGCCAUGGAUUUCUGGAAUUGUAGAAACGUUUCUGGACGUACCCUUGUCGGCCUGCGUUUCUGGAAUCAGGUGGACGACGACGGGGAGAGCUAUUGGGUAUUCGAGAGCAGAGAUCCCUCAAGACCAGCAAAUCCAGUGGAUGCCAAGAUGUUCUGGAUAGCCCUUUAUAUGUUUCCGGCACUCUGGUUGCUGGUCUUUGUAGUCUCCCUUCUCCGUUUCAGUCUCUCGUUUUUGCCUAUUGUGGCUCUAGCGCUUGUCUUUAAUUUCACCAAUGCUGUUGGAUUCACCUAUGCAGACAGGGAUGCAAAACAAAGGUGGGCCAAUAGUAUGGCAUCUUCUGGAUGGAAUUUUGGAAUGGGGGGCAUAGGCGGGCAGAUCCUGGGCGGCGCGAUGAAGAACAGCGUCGGGAGAUUGUUUGGAUGA